AUGUUCCACCAGACUGGUCAGGCACUGCAGGACAUGAACCCGGACUCAGAGGAGACCGCUCGCUUGGUUGAAGAGCAUGAUGCGCUGGUCGAUGAGGAAGAUGAGGGCUUCUCAGAACUCUCAGCUGACCCCACAGUGCUGGAUAUGGAGGUUUCUUCCAGCACUUCCUCCAUGCUGUCUGAGGCUGGAGAUACCUCAAAUGAAACUAUGGCUGUUGAUGACCAGAAUGUGUCGGGAUACCAGCAUGUGGACGGGCUUGCUGAGUACUUGGUGGAGCUUCGGGAGCAGAUCUCUCUCUGUCUCACCAACCUACAAGCAGACAGCAUCACAGAACUCUGGCUGAGGCUGGAUGACGAGGACAAGCAGCGGGUUGUUUACGCAGCGCGACACCAGGACAGACUUUUGAGUGGACGCUUUGGUACACCAAAGAAGCCCUCAAAAACUCCUGGUGUGGAGACCACAACGCGCUGCGUGCUAGGUGCCAGCAGCGCUCCUGCACAGUGGCCUGACUGCUCUCAGUAUGAACAUGAACGCAGCCUGCCUGCCGCCAUGACGGCUAACAGCACCGACACCCAGAAAAACAAAGACUUUGACAAUAUAACAUCACUUGAAGAUUUUAAAGAAGAGGCUCAUGAAGAACAGAGUCCUGAUAUGGACCAGCAGGAGCUGGAGCUCCUCCACAUAAAGGCGGAAAAUGAAAGAAUCUGGUCCAGCCAGGAUGGAGAACAACUGAAUGUGAAGAAGGAGACUGAUGAUACCAGGUUUCCAAAAAGAUUUGUCUCCAAGUCAGAUUUAAACAGACACAUGAGAAUUCACACAGGAGUGAAACCCUUUAGUUGUGAUACAUGUGGAAAAAGAUUUUCCUCCAAGUCAUAUUUAAACACACACAUGAGAAUUCACACAGGAGUCAAACCCUUUAGUUGUGAUACAUGUGGGAAAAGAUUUUCCUCCAAGUCAUAUUUAAACACACACAUGAGAAUUCACACAGGAGACAAACCUUUUAGUUGUGAUGCUUGUGGAAAACAAUUUGCCUGCAAGUCACAUUUAAACACACACAUGAGAAUCCACGAAGGAGACAAACCUUUUAGUUGUGAUGCUUGUGGAAAAAGAUUUACCUACAAAUCACAUUUAGACACACACAUGAGAAUUCACACAGGAGUCAAACCCUUUAGUUGUGAUACAUGUGGAAAAAUAUUUUCCUCCAAGUCAUAUUUAAACACACACAUGAGAAUUCACACAGGAGAUAAACCUAUUAGUUGUGAUACAUGUGGAAAAAGAUUUGCCUUCAAGUCACAUUUAAACAGACACAUGAGAAUUCACACAGGAGACAAACCUUUUAGUUGUGAUGCUUGUUUAAAAAGAUUUGCCUUCAAGUCAGCUUUAAACAAUCACAUGAGAAUUCACACAGGAGACAAACCUUUUAGUUGUGAUGCAUGUGGAAAAAGAUUUGCCUUCAAGUCACAUUUAAACAAUCACAUGAGAAUUCACACAGGACAGAAACCUUUUGGUUGUGAUGAAUGUGGAAAAAAACUUUACCUUCAAGUCAAAUCUAAACCAGGAUGAUAGAAUUUACAGAAAAGACAAACCCAUUGCUAGUUAUGUUUGCCAGGGCCACCAUUCAGCCUAGGGCUUUAACAGAUUUCAAUGAGAGUGUUUCAUCGCACAUUGCUUGGUUUUAUGGAUUACAGACUUUUUAACAUGUAGAGUCCAGCAUGUUCAACACUCUCUGACAAAACAAUUACCAGCACAAGCUCUCCUCAGGGGUGUGUUUUAUCUUCAUUGUUAUUCACCUUGUACACAAACUCCUGCAAAAGCACUUUCCCUAAUAGACAUUUCAUUAAAUAUGCUGACGACAUGGUCCUUUUAGACGACAAAGGAGAGGAGCAUGGACUAGUUCAGGCCUUUUCACUAAUUAGUGCAAAAAAUCCAAGUUGCUAUUGACUUCAGGAAGCUUCAGUCAUUCUCCCCAACCAUCAUCGAUGGAGAUCAAAUUGAGACUAAUGCUAGAAGUACCUGGGCAUGGUUCUGGACUGCCAUCUAAGGUGAGACUCAUGGGCUGACAGGGCAACUUAACGCCCUUAGAAUGUCCUUGACUUCUGUUCAUCAGAACAGUCCACUUAAGAGGCAGUGUCUUGUUAAAGAAAAUUAGUUUAGGAUAAAACAACCUAAAUAUUGUUAAUUUUAUUGUGUUUAGCUUUUGUUUGUGGUGGUAUGAGGCUACCUGGUGAAGCUAAUCUGAACAGGCCUCUAAACCUUAAGGCUAGUUUUAUUUGUUCUGUGUUUUAAAGAUGAAACAAAUGUUAUUUCAAUGAGAUGUUUUAAACAGUGAUGGUCCAGUAAUGGGAUUUUGCUCCAUUUUAUCAGUGUUUUUGUUUAAUCGCUUUGAACUAACCUGCUAAAAAUGUGUUCCAGUACUGCUUAAAACAUGCUAAAGGUUGUCUUUGCUAGUGGCUAACAGGCUAAUAGCCUUGCUUAUAAACAUGGUAUACAGCUUUGUUUACAACAGAGCUUGUCUCAUUCGCUCCGUAAUCGUUGGAUAACGCACCAUCAAUGCUUGUAUCCACAUUAAUAUUUGUAUUGUAUGGUAUUUAAAAUAACGUAUACAAUUAUUGAAUACGGUAUUUUCUUUGUCUUAGCAGCUGGUGACCUAGAUGUGAAUCACCACAUCUCUCUAUCCGUCCAUUGGCGGUUCGCCCCCUGGCGUCUUCAAAUAAAGUUUCUCACUUCCAUUUUAAGUGGUAAUAACUCUGUUCAACCAUGUGCUGAAGAAUAAUUACAUACCAUUGAAAAUCAAUUGUCCCAAAAUGUUAUAGAUUUCUAAUUUGGGAAGUUAUUCUUUUGAAAAUAAUUUUAUUAAAAUAAUCUUUUACUUA